AUGACUACUCCGACCACUGUUAGCCACCAGGCCCUUGCUAGGGAAAUCCUACAGCGCGAGCUGGCUGUGGAGGUCUCUAACAUAAGCCACCUCGGUUAUAGCCGAAGCAACUUCGUCUAUAAAGUCGUUCUUUCAGAACCUACGAGAGAAGCUCACCAUGGCUCUCGCAAACCAGGAACUGUGGAAAUACCCAAAGAUACCACUCGUUUAAUUAUUCGAUUCUUUAAGCCGUUUGACACUUUCAAUGAGGGCGUGCGUGCUGAGAACAUAGUCGCCGCGAUGACGGUUGCUCGGUCAGCUAUGGCAGACUCAGCCCUACAUACCAUCGUUCCCCAAGUCUACGGCUGGAGUAGCGGCAAGGAAGAGCCAAGCGGAGAGGCAUGGGUUCUUGAAGAAUACAUAUCUGGAACGAACUUUGGUGAUGACUUCCACACUCUUCCUUCUCAUAAGCAACAUGCCAUUCUUGCUCAAUUCGCAGAAGUUGUCAAGGCCUUCCAAGAUUACAAUUUUCCCGAAACUGUUAAGGCUUUUGGAGGUUUGGCCUUUAACGCUGAUGGCAAUGUGUGUAGCUUCUCAAAACUCGCUACGACCCAGGAAGCCUUCGAAUUACCGCCUUGCUCGACUAUGGUCUUUCCAAAAUUUCCAUCUCAACUAGCCCAGGUUGGAGCGCUGCGGUCGUCAACAAUUGACGGGGCAGAUGCUUUCUCUCGGGUUCAUUGGUUGAUCCAGGACCUCGUGCCGUGGCACUUGUUUGACCCUACUAUCCUAGAGAUUCAGACUCCCGAGCAGCUAGAAGAAGCUCGCAAGGAAGUUGAGAUAACGCUGGGAAAGUACCUGGAUAGUUGGGGAUUCUAG